AAGCUGGUCGGUAGAAGGCACGCAUGCGCACCUGCGCAGUUGCCGAGAGACUGGAACGCAAGAGGGCUAGGCUUCACUGGGUGGGAGAGGCGCGCGGAGGCUGGCAAGAGGUCUGCAAGUGGAGUAUUAAUACCAAUCAUGGGUGAUGAAGAAGAUGACUACAUGUCUGAUUCCUUUAUUAAUGUUAACCAGGACAUCAGACCAGGCAUGCCAAUGCUGAGGCGUACAAAGGAAGUGUUUAAGAAAGAAGAAAAACAAAAGGAAGCUAACGAGAGAAGUCGGCAAAAGAGUAUAAAAGAGCAGGAGAAAGAACAACGUGAUACUGUUUUAAACAUUGCUUUGGGAAACGAGAAUAAAGGUUUUGCUAUGCUUCAGAAGAUGGGUUAUAAAAGUGGUCAACCUCUUGGCAAAAGUGGAAAGGGGAUUGUCGAGCCUAUUCCUCUGAACAUUACCACAGGCAGAAGUGGGCUUGGCCAUGAAGAAGUGAAGAAACGGAAAGCUGAAGAAAACUUGGAAAACUACAGGAGAAAAAUGCAUAUGAGGAAACAAGCGGAGGAGCAGACGGCUGACCUCUUCAAAUUGAGAUUGAAGACCAAACAGGAGCAACUUCAAGUAAAACGAGACCUUGUGAAAAGUCAGAAAGCCUGUCAACAACUAGAUAUGCAGAAAGGCCUUGAAUCCCCCAAAGAGAUGUGGUUCUGGUUACAGCCAGAGGAGGAAAAGGAAGAUGACGUGGAUGGAGAGGAGGAGGAAGAAAAAGAGGAAGAUGAGUUCGACGAAUCAGAAAAGUUAAUCAUGUUGACAGCGUAUCUAAGGGAAGAACACCUCUACUGCAUUUGGUGUGGAACAACUUAUGAUGAUAAAGAAGAUUUAUCCUCAAACUGUCCUGGAGACACUUUUGCAGACCAUGAAUAACUUUCCUAAAGCAAGAAUAGUAAAUGCUGCAAGAUCGCUCCAGCAUAAAGAUAUCGAACAGUUCAGAAGACUGCAUAUAUUUUUGUAGGGAAAAGGUUUUUGAAAUGUAUUUAUGUAUAUAUUGUAACACUGGAACUGUGCCGAAGUCCUGUUCACUUGGAAAUAUGGAUAGAAAGGAGCUACACACCAAGAAGAUCUUAUAGGAGCUGCAUAAUCAGUUGACUGUCAGCUGUGAACUCUAGGUACUUAAAAACAAAAAAAGCUUAUUUGUUAUUUUUGUGAAAAACACAGCAAACAGGAUUGGGUCAAUCCUCCUUUACACCCCAAUCAAUUAUAGAAGAAGUGGAAUACUGAUCUAGUGCAGAAAAGAGAACAGGAGGGCUGAAAAGAUCCAAAAUGUGUAUAUAGAGGCCAGAAAUAAGAUCAAGACACUUAGGUUAAAAUCCUUCAUGUACUAACUUAGGAGUAAGUCCUGUUGACCUUGAGUGUAAAUAUUCUAAAUAUGCCUUUUACUGUUGACCAAACUGCUCAGUUUUGUAA